UGCACAAAAUCACAACCAAAAAAAUUCCAUGUUUUCAUUUUCAUUUUUAUUUUAUUUAUGGUGAUUGUGUUGAGAUAGGAAGAUGAGUAUAUCGGUGAACGGACAGUCUCAGGUGCCUCCGGGUUUUCGUUUUCACCCGACCGAGGAGGAGCUUUUGCAGUAUUACUUGAAGAAGAAAGUUGGUUCGGAGAAGAUUGAUUUGGAUGUCAUCCAAGAUGUGGAUCUUAACAAACUCGAACCUUGGGAUAUUCAAGAAAAGUGCAAAAUUGGGACUACACCACAAAACGAUUGGUACUUCUUUAGCCACAAAGACAAGAAGUACCCGACGGGGACGCGCACGAACCGGGCAACGUGCUCGGGCUUCUGGAAGGCGACGGGACGCGACAAGGUCAUCUACGGUGGAAACUCAGCCAGAAUCGGUAUGAGGAAGACUCUGGUGUUCUACAAGGGCCGCGCCCCACAUGGCCAGAAAUCGGACUGGAUCAUGCACGAGUACCGGCUCGACGACAACGCUGCUCCGACCUCGGUUUGCAACGCGGCCGGGGAGGGCGGGCCCGAGGACGGGUGGGUGGUUUGCCGCGUGUUCAAGAAGAAAAGCCUCGGCCACAAAGCGUCCGACAGCGCGACCCCGUGGUCGUGCUCGUCGGUGAUGACCAUGAAUUCAUGCACCGAGGCGAGCCUCGAGGAAAUGCUGGGCACUCCCUGUAUAAGAGAUUUGGAUAUAGACAACGACAACGACGACAACAACAACAAUGAUAAUAAUAAUAAUAUUAAUAAUAAUAACAACAACAGCAGCAGCAACAACAACAACGGUAGCAGAAGAUUCCUGAAACUUCCAGGACUCAGCUACUACCAACCACUCCACCUUCAAAUGUUCGGCGACGACGUCGUCGCCGACUUCCCAUCAUUCCUCCCUCAGCCGCCCGAGAUCCAGGACUGGGCGGCGCUGGACCGCCUGGUGGCAUCGCACCUGAUCAGCGACGCCCCAAGGCAGGUGUCCACCAGCUUCGACGAUCCGCUGCUGAACCUGCAGCAGCAGAGAUCGUCGAGGCGCUACGCCGCGGCGGCGACAGCCACGGCGCAUGAUUACCAGAGUGAAGGCGAUUUAUGGAGCUUUGUGCCGACGGAUAACGACCCGAUGGGUGACGUGUCGGCCGUUCAGCCCAUCUAGGAUAUAUAUUGUAUAAAACAAUACAGUAGUUACAAUAAUAAUGAUAAUAAUAAUGUGUUGUUACUAAUAAGUCAGAGCGAUUAGCUGAAGUAAUUAUUAAUUGCGUACUAUUUACGUGACUGUACAUAUAUAGUAUUCAAGGAAUUUGGAGGCUUUGGAAGGAAUGUAAUCAAAUGUAGCAUUUUCAAUUAAUUACGAUUUUCAGGUCACUAACUACCAUAA